AUGAGCUCCAACAGCACAGACCUUGGCCUGUACCUGACCGUCAGCUCCCCAGGAAUGGGCAUUGACGACCCAGACACCAACGCUCUCCACAAGGACAUCUGGCAGGAGCUAACCAGCCCCGAUGACAAUGACUCCAUCAGUGGCCUCUUCAAUUUUACAGGGUCGCACAACGAGACAGUGACCUCUCUGACCUAUGACCCUCUUGGGGGUCACACAGUGUGGCAGGUGGUCCUCAUUGUCUUUUUCACCGGUCUCCUGUCCCUGGUCACCAUAAUCGGCAACAUCCUGGUGGUAGUAUCCUUCAAGGUAAAUCGCCAGCUGAAGACUGUCAACAACUACUUCCUGCUCAGCCUGGCCGUGGCUGACCUCAUCAUCGGGGUCAUCUCCAUGAACCUUUACACCACCUACAUCAUCAUGGGCCAAUGGGCGCUAGGCAACUGGGCCUGUGAUCUGUGGCUGGCUAUUGACUAUGUGGCCAGUAACGCAUCCGUCAUGAACCUGCUCGUCAUCAGCUUUGACCGCUACUUCUCCAUCACCCGGCCACUCACCUACCGGGCCAAGCGGACCACACGGCGGGCUGGCUUGAUGAUCGGCAUGGCCUGGUUUGUGUCCCUGGUCCUGUGGGCCCCAGCCAUUCUAUUCUGGCAGUACUUUGCAGGGGAGCGCACAGUGCCCCCUGAUAAGUGCUACAUCCAGUUCCUCUCAGAGCCCAUCAUUACAUUCUGCACGGCUAUUGCUGCCUUUUACUUGCCUGUCACUAUUAUGAGUGUGCUCUACUGGCGUAUCUACAGGGAGACGCAGAACCGCGCACGGGAACUGGAGGGCCUGCAGGGCUCAGGGAUCAGAGGGAGGGGUGGAGAAAGGGCUCACUUCGUCCACCACCAGGCUGGGAGCGCCAGGAGCUGCAGCAGCUAUGAGCUAAGCCAAGUUUCCCAGAAGAAGACCCCCAGCCAGGCGCUGGCCGCACGCUUCCACUGUUGGCCCAUGAUGUGCUCCUGGAGGCCUGGCAGCACCCGGCCCAUAGUGGGGGAUGCCGACCACAGCAGCAGUGACAGCUGGAACAACAACAACGCCGGGCUGUCAGUGGACCACUCGGGCUCGUCUGAGGAUGAGGAGAGAAAUGGUAGAAGGAUGAUGCCCCAGGACCACACCAUCUUCUCCAUAGUGCUCAACCUGCCAGGGAUGAAGGCAGCCGUCAACUCCCACCUCACCUCCUGCGAGGACCUGGACAUAGCCUCAGAAGAGGACACCCUGAGAGGGGAGGAGGACAGUCGGGGCAGCCUCUCUACCAUCACCACCACCACCACCACUACUACCACCCCUGAUGGGGCCAACACAGACACCAACAGCUACCAACAACGCUUUUCCUCCCGGAUCUCCAAAGUCCAGUCCAUGCCUGCCAUCCAGGCCACCAGAGUGGGGCCACUCUCUGGCUCCCCUGCCACAACCACCAAAUCACCCUCGAUGCCGAUCUCCUUCAGAGAGGCAGCUCUAGCCAAGAGAUUUGCCUCCAGGGCACGGACACAGAUCACCAAGCGCAAGCGCAUGUCUCUGGUAAAGGAGAAGAAGGCGGCACAGACCCUCAGCGCCAUUCUGUUUGCCUUCAUCAUCACAUGGACACCCUACAACAUCAUGGUGCUGGUCAACACCUUCUGUAAUGGCUGCAUCCCCGAGGCUCUGUGGGCACUGGGAUACUGGCUGUGCUACGUCAACAGUACCGUCAACCCCAUGUGCUAUGCCCUGUGCAACAAGACCUUCCGUACCACCUUCAAGAUGAUACUGCUCUGCCACUGGGACCAGCGCAAGCGGCGGAGGAAGCAACAGUUCCAGGCACGGCAGUCCGUAGUGUUUCACAGGAGAAUUCCUAAAAACUCAACGUAG